CACGACGAUACCUACAAGAGCGAGCCUCACGAUAACAACGGUACACUGCUUGCUGCCACUUGAAUUUUGGACGAUCAGUUCUGCGAUGCUUACGACCAGACCGUCGCGGGUACCGCCGACGCUAGUACUAGCGCUCUCGUUACUUCCUACUGCUCGAGCGAACUGCGUGAUAGAUGACGAUGGUUUUGAGCAUUGUACGCUGAGCACGGGGGCGCGUAUCGGUAUAGCUGUUGCUCUCAUCAUUGUGGCACUUCUGGCUGCUUCUUGCGCCAUCCAACAUCGUCGGCGCCGCAUGCAGACUCAUAUCAUCAGCACAAACAGUUAUGCCAAUGCACAGAACGUGAAUUACCCACCAAACGGCUACCCCUCACCUUAUAGCGCACCCCAACAGCCGUAUGCACCGCAAUAUCCCCCUCAGGCUCUUCAUGAUGGCUACAACCCGCAGGCAGGGUUCGCUCCGCCGCAGGGUCCUCCGCCUGGUUACUACCCUCCGCCGCCGGGGCCUCCGCCAAUGAAUGGCAAGGAGGACAGUGUCUGAUUUUCUAUUCGCUUCAGGAUGUGUAUCUUCACUGCUGCAUGUAUCUAUACCCGUGUAUCCGUGUGCGAAUUCUGUAAUACAUGUACAAUUCAUGCGAG